AUGCAGAACCAGCUGCACAAGCUGCCCUCGACAGCGGCAGCGCUGAACUCAGUCUUCAGCAUGCUGUGCUACUUCUGGUGCAUUCCUGGCGGCCUAAUCGCGGAUUCUGUGGGUCGCUACAAGACCAUCAUCGGUGCAGGUGUGAUAUACGCCACUGGCACACUUUGCGUUGCUUUUGCAGUGGUUCAUGCCUUUCAGAGCUCGCUGGGAUGGAUGUUCACAGGCGGUUGCCUUGUGUUGAUCGCAGCUGGUACAGGUGGCAUCAAGCCCAACAUUGCCAACUUUGGCGCUGAUCAGAUCGGAGAUGAAACGGAGAGCCAGAGAGAGUGUCAGAAGACAUAUUUCUCGCUCUUCUACUUGGCCAUAAACAUUGGAGUGCUUCUGGCCUUUGGCUUCUUUACAAAUAUCACAACAGGGGGAUUGCCUGGUCUGGUGGACCCUACCGAGGGAUACUCGUUUGCGUAUGGUGCCGGUGCUGUUUUCAUGGUAGUUGCAGUACUGAUCUUCAUUGGCUUCACGGGAUCAUACCGGCGCCUUCCCGGGAACGGAUUGGGACCAGUAAAGCGGCUAGUGCGCUAUCAGUGCCGGUCCUUGCGUGGUGGUGGCUGGCGAGCAGUGAUGUCUGCCAUCGGCUGGUUGUGCUUGCCCUUCUUCUACGUCGUCACCCUUGCUGCCGUGCUGACUCCUGCUCCAGCUAGCGCAGGCGAGCAGGUCUUCCUGGAUCCUUGCUCCAACGACUCUAGCGCACGGAGGCUUCACGGGGGAACAGCGUCUGCCAACGAUGCCCUGAACAACGCGGCGCUGGCCCUGGGCUCCCUCGCAUGCGUCUGCCUCGCCCUGGAUGACGAAGACAAGGAGUCUUUCAACGUGGCAGAUGCGCGUGAAACAUUUGCGGCCAUUCCCAUGCUGGUGAUCGUGAACAUCGCUUUCAACCUAUGCUACAACUCCAUGAACAACGCAUUUCCUUCUCAAGCCUGCCAGAUGGAUCUCAGGAUAGGCUCGAUACAGUUGAACGGGGCAUUCUUCAACAUUGCUGACGCAUUUGCCAUAUUGGUGUUUACCCCGCUGUUUGAGUCAUGCCUCUACCCCACAAUUGCACGGAUAAAAGGAUCACCCGUGCGACUGGGCCAGAAGAUCAUAGCAGGCCUUCUCAUUGCCUGUGGAUCCAAUCUGGUAGCAGCGGGAUUAGAGAUUCGCAGACGGGGCCAACCGUUUCUUUGCAGUGCAGAAUUCUCGCAGUGUGCGCCCGGUUACACAGAAGAUGGUCUGCACGGGACGCGCAUGAGAGACAUCAGUGCGUUCUGGAUAUUCUUGCCCUUCACCUUGGUUGGAAUUGCCGAGAUCCUGGUCAAUCCUUGUAUGUACUGCUUCUCAUAUGAGGCCGCGCCCGUGCAAGUUCGUUCCCUUCUGCAGGCCAUCAACCUCUUCUUCCAAGGAUCAGUCUCAAAUGCUUUCACUUCUGUUGUCACUAAGCUUACAUAUCCGAACAGCCUGGAUGCCGGGAACUUGGAGAACUACUACUAUGUCAAUGCGGCGCUGGCAGUGGUUGGGAUCUGCUUGUAUUUUGCGAUCACACGCUGCGCGGGAAGAGGCAAGGGUAUCCGCGAAGUGAUACGGAAAGAGGAGCUGGUGUUGGAUUGCUGUGCGGAUGAUGGCAGUGAUGACGACAGCCCUUGA